AUGGUUACCGUCUUCCCCUCAGACAUUUGGGCUCCGGGACUUGACGUAAACGUCAGGCGCAUAGUCAGUGCCGAAAAUAUUACCUCCAAUAAUAAUAAUGAUGUCAAAAAAAGCAAAAGUAUUCCUGUCAAAAUUAAUACCACGAAUAUAAGUCCAGCAGAGACUAUUACUGACACCGUUCUUGUCGAGUCUCCAACAAAGGAUAUGCCAGAAUCAAGCUUUUCGAGCGAUUCAGCUAGAAGCCCUCCAUCAACACUGUCGGCAUCAAACACGAGCACUUCUUCGCUUGCAUCAAACCACUCUACAUUAAUUAACUCAUCGAAUAACUCUAUAUCGAAUGGCACAAGCAACUCCAAGAAAAUCACUCACGUGCUUCAAAAUGUAACCAAGCUCUUCAGCAAUCAUCAUCACAAUAACCGUCCGCCCAGUACUCCAGGCGCUUCUCCUCCAGUAACACCGAAUAGCGAGAAAGGAGAAUCCGACUGUAUUGGCGAUAAGAAGAAGCUAAAGGUUAUGCUAGUACCCAAGUUGAUGGAAGUGACUAAAACAUGGAAAAAUGAACAUGGUUCAAAGUCGCUAUACGACGAAUGUUCAUUGGCAAAGAAGUAUGGUGUAUGCGAAAAGGGAUGCAUUGGAAAAGGUGCCACGGCUGUGGUUAGAUUGGCACAUAAGUUGGACAAUUCGGAUUGCGAGAAGACUUACGCUGUCAAGGAAUUCAGAAGACGAUGUAAAAGCGAAUCUGAAAGAGAUUACGUCAAGAAAUUAGCUAGCGAAUUUUGCAUAAGUUCUACCUUGGAUCAUGUUAACGUCGUUCGGACUGUGGACUUGGUACAAGACGAAAACCAUAAUUGGUGCGAAGUCAUGGAAUAUUGUGCUGGUGGGGAUUUAUAUACCGCUAUUAAAGCUGGCCAUAUGACAUCAGUGGAGAUCAAUUGCUGUUUUAAGCAACUUAUCUCUGGUGUUGCUUAUCUACAUUCGAUGGGAGUUGCACACAGAGACAUAAAACCCGAAAAUCUUCUCCUUGACGGUAGUGGUCAUCUGAAAAUCACCGAUUUCGGUGUGUCAGACGUCUUCCGUACAUGUUGGGAAGAAUGUGCUCAUCUCUCCAAAGGCCUCUGUGGUAGCGAACCCUACAUCGCUCCUGAACAAUUUGCAACAACCGAAUAUGAUGCCCGCCUCGUAGAUGUCUGGGCGUGUGGCAUAGUAUAUUACUGUAUGAUAUAUCAAGGCAUUCCGUUCCGCAUGGCAUGUCCAAACGAUCCACAUUAUGCUGCAUAUUUAGAGGCGAGGAAAACAAGAAGCUAUGAACAAAUUGAGCGUUUACCAAGAGGAUGUAGAGACCUGUUAUAUCAGAUACUAGAACCAGAUACAACGAAAAGAAUUACGAUAGACGAAAUUUGUAUGGACUUAUGGUUUCAGGAGAUUGAAGUAUGCACAAAUCCGCCGUAUAUGUUAUUGCAGGAACAUCAGCAUAUUUGUUUGAAAGAGAAUGGGAAUGGUAAACUAUAG